AGUUCGUACGGUAAACAAAGGAAAUAUUGUCUAGAUUAUGGCUCAUACACGCACACUGUUUUGCAAACUGUGUCUGCAAGCGUCUCCUCAGGCCAGGAGAAUGGGGAGGAGGGGAGUUCCCAUUCCCACUCGUGUACAUUGCCUGAACGCAAACUUUAAAGCCUUUUCAUUAAGCGCCAAGAUGGCGGAAUGGCAGACUAAAGUUCCGGUACCAAAACAAUUACUCGAACCACUAGAUUUGCCGAGCGUUCAUCUCUUUGGGCCUGGCCCGGCUAAUCCAUCAUUACGGACUUACAAUGCGCAUGCAAUGCCGCUAUUGGGACAUCUACAUCCCGAGUUCUGCAAGGUCAUGGACGAAACAAAGGCCGGUUUGAAAUACGUGUUUCAGACCAAUAACGCUUACACGUUGGCCAUCACUGGAUCGGGACAUGCUGCAAUGGAAGCUGCGAUCAUAAACCUUGUAGAACGAGGAGAACGCAUUCUAGUGUGUGUCAAUGGGUUGUGGGGUAACAGAGCGCGCGACAUAGCAGAAAGACAAGGUUGUGAUGUACAGGCCAUUGAAAAGCCGCCUGGAGAAUACCAUACAUAUGCUGAAAUUGAACAGGGCCUCAAAGACCAUAAGCCUUCAGUGUUGUUUCUUGUUCACAGUGAGUCUUCUUCAGGAAUAUGUCAGCCAUUAGAUGGCAUUGGAGCUUUAUGUCACAGACAUAAUUGCUUGAUAAUUGUGGACACUGUAGCAUCUCUUGGUGGUACACCUUUCUUCACUGAUGACUGGGAUCUGGACUGUGUCUAUACAGGCUCUCAAAAGUGUUUAGGGGCACCUCCAGGAAUAUCACCAAUAACCUUCAGUCCUAGAGCCAUGGCAAAGGUGAACAGCAGAGAACUCAAAGUGCCAUCAUUUUACUUGGAUAUAAAAGAAUUGGGGAAUUACUGGGGAUGUGAUGAAGGGCCAAGAAGGUGGACCUUAAUUCUUGGGAUCAGCUUAAAAUUGUUUUCAGUUCACAUUCAAACUCAUAUUAUUGCAAAAUGUUUUCUUUUGCAGGCUAUGCGUCUGCCAACUGUUACAAGUAUUCGAAUUCCUGAAGGAUUCCCAGACUGGAAAGCUGUCCCGACUUAUCUGAUGAAAAAACACAAGAUUGAACUCGUCGGUGGCCUGGGCCCAACACUCGGAAAGGUAUGGCGAGUAGGAUUCAUGGGACAUAAUUCAUCCCUUGAAAAUGUGGACAAGUUCUUGCGACUUUUCAAAGAGGCGCUGGAAGCUGUGAAAAAUCGCCCAAAAUCUCAGAUUUAGAAAAGAUAUUUGCGAAGCAAAGAAUUUUAGCCGGUGUGGCUAUAAAUGCCGGGAAAAAUAGUCAAGGCAGAAUUGAAAUGUUUUGAAAUGGGAAUUUUAUAGCUAUUUAUCAACUGUCACAUGAAAAGAGUCUCUAGGUUAGAAAAGUGUAAAAGCAUUUAUUAAACUCUGUACUUGAGCUCA